CUGUCAUGGAAUCCAAGUCGGUUUUGCUUUUUGUCGGAAUUACAAACCAAUAUUGGUUUCAUUUGGUGUCAUGAAACCGGAUUGGUUUUGCUCUUUUCGAACAUAGACAAAACCGAUGUUCGAAUCAGCUGUUUUGCUCAUUUGUGUGCAUGGCGGCAAUUUGAAUGUACAUUUUUUUGAAAAUGACAUCCGCAGUUAUCGCAUUUCUGUUCUUGGAAGAAGAAAGUUCGGAGAAGGUUAAAAGAAAAAUUUUGAGAGAUUGCGGCGAUCCACUUGAGCUGCCCGAGACAGCUUUCAUAGCAUAUUAUCGCCUAAACAAAGAGGUACUUGACACCAUUGAAGGGCACUUGACACGUUCGAAAGUUCCACCAGUGCUGCAGUUAGCAGCUUCGUUGCGAUUUUUAGCAGAAGGAUCCUGUCAAAGAUCAGUCGGGAACGAUUCUAGCAUAAGUGUAGCUAGAAGCGCGGUGUCAACGAUUUUAGAUGAUGUGCUUAAGGUUAUGGAGCGGUUCAUUUGCCCUCAGUGGGUGAAACUAGAAAUGGACUGCAUCGAAAAGCGCAUAUCAAGAGACUAUUUUUACUUAAAGUACAAAAUUCCCUCAAUAACACACAUAAAAAUCAUUAAGCCCAGUAUUGACGAACAUUUAUUUUAUAAUCGAAAAUAAUUCAGUAUGAAUGCCCUGAUUAUGUGUGAUGGUGACAUAAAAAUUCGAGCCGUCGAUGCACUCUAUCCCGGCUCUAGCCAUGACUCAUUCGUAUGGAACGUUAGUAGCGCCAGACAUUUUUGGAAAGCA